CGGAUCCCCAGUUCAUUAUCGGAGGAGCCACGCGCACAGACAUCUGCCAGGGAGCCCUGGGUGACUGCUGGCUGCUGGCCGCCAUCGCCUCUCUCACCUUGAAUGAAGAGAUCCUGGCGCGUGUGGUGCCACUGGACCAGAGCUUCCAGGAGAACUACGCGGGCAUCUUCCGCUUCCAGUUCUGGCAGUACGGCGAGUGGGUGGAGGUGGUGGUGGACGACAGGCUGCCCACCAAGGACGGGGAGCUGCUGUUCCUGCACUCGGCCGAGGGCACGGAGUUCUGGAGCGCGCUGCUGGAGAAGGCCUACGCCAAGAUCAACGGCUGCUACGAAGCCCUGUCGGGGGGUGCCACCACCGAGGGCUUCGAGGACUUCACUGGGGGCAUUGCGGAGUGGUACGAGCUGCAGAAGCCACCACCCAACCUGUUCAGGAUCAUCCAGAAGGCACUGGAGAAGGGCUCGCUGCUCGGCUGCUCCAUCGACAUCACCAGCGCAGCAGACUCGGAGGCCAUCACCUACCAGAAGCUGGUGAAGGGGCACGCGUACUCUGUCACCGGGGCUGAGGAGGUGGAAAGCUCGGGGAGCCUGCAGAAGCUGAUUCGAGUCCGAAACCCCUGGGGACAGGUGGAGUGGACCGGGAGGUGGAACGACAACUGCCCAAACUGGAACACGGUGGACCCAGAGGUGAGGGAGAGGCUGACCGUGCGCAUGGAGGAUGGGGAGUUCUGGAUGUCCUUCGGCGACUUCCUGCGGCACUAUUCUCGCCUGGAGAUCUGCAACCUGACGCCCGACACGCUCACCAGCGACACCUACAAGAAGUGGAAGCUGACCAAGAUGGACGGGAGCUGGCGGCGCGGCUCCACCGCGGGCGGCUGCAGGAACUAUCCUAACACCUUCUGGAUGAACCCCCAGUACCUGAUCAAGCUGGAGGAGGAGGAUGAGGACCAGGAGGACGGCGAGGGCGGCUGCACCUUCCUGGUGGGCCUCAUCCAGAAGCAUCGGCGGCGGCAGAGGAAGAUGGGCCAAGACAUGCACACCAUCGGCUUCGGCAUCUACGAGGUUCCAGAGGAGCUGUCCGGGCAGACCAACAUCCACCUGGGGAAGAACUUCUUCCUGACGACCCGCGCCCGCGAGCGCUCGGACACCUUCAUCAACCUGCGCGAGGUGCUCAACCGCUUCCGGCUGCCCCCAGGCGAGUACAUCCUCGUGCCGUCCACCUUUGAGCCCCACAAGGACGGCGACUUCUGCGUCCGCGUCUUCUCGGAGAAGAAGGCCGACUACCAAGCGGUGGACGACGAAAUCGAGGCCAACCUGGACGAGACAGACAUCAGCGAGGAGGACAUCGAUGAUAGCUUCCGGAGGCUGUUUGCUCAGCUGGCAGGGGAGGACGCAGAGAUCUCGGCCUUUGAGUUGCAGACCAUCCUGAGGAGGGUGCUGGCAAAGCGACAAGACAUCAAGUCAGACGGCUUCAGCAUCGAGACCUGCAAGAUCAUGGUGGACAUGCUGGACUCGGACGGGAGCGGCAAGCUGGGGCUGAAGGAGUUCUACAUUCUGUGGACGAAGAUCCAGAAGUACCAAAAAAUUUACCGGGAGAUCGACAUAGACAGGUCUGGCACCAUGAACUCCUACGAGAUGCGCAGGGCGCUGGAGGAAGCAGGGUUCAAGCUGCCUUGUGAACUGCACCAAGUCAUCGUCGCCCGGUUUGCAGACGACGAGCUCGUCAUCGACUUUGACAACUUCGUUCGGUGCCUGGUUCGGCUGGAGACGCUGUUCAAGAUAUUCAAGCAGUUGGACCCUGAGGACACCGGGACCAUCCAGCUUGACCUCAUGUCGUGGCUGUGUUUCUCAGUGCUGUGACACUGCCUGGAGACGUCGGAGAAGGAAAAUCAGCAGGGACUAAGCUUCUGGACACUGCAUCAGGCCCUGGGAAUUGUGGGAACAUUUACGUAAACUGAGGGUGGUAGCCGGAAAGAAUACUGUCUGUCUGAGAUAGCCUCCCUUUCACAUAUCCAGGUAGAAGGUUUGCGUAUUAUUGUACUAAAUGCAGGUGAGCUGCUUAACCCUUGACAAGCGCAAAGGAAGCUUUACAUCUAUAAACAGUACAUACUUUCGACUUUUACAACUUUCCUGUUCAGAGCAAUACUAAUCCACGAAGACAUGCAGGGAGGUGUUUUAAAUCAGUCUCCAGGCCUUGAGGGCCUGGCUGGUAAUGUCACCUUUACAACGAGGUGGUGGCAUCUACCACCUGGCAGCCCAGGUAGGGCAGUAUCCCCUGUGGGCACCAGGAAACUGGUCUCCCACGGCCUGAGAGGGCCCGCAAGGGAAGCAUCCCUCAUCGGGGUCAGACAGGCCGGCACGCGCAGCGCUCAGGUCCUCGCACACACGUGGCCUCACCCCGACAGGAUCCGUGCGCCACCCGGUGGGCUGUGGGCCAUGCCAGGCCCCUGGUUUGCAACCUCUGACCCGUCGGCCGCCUGGACUCUUCAGGUCCUCUACGUACCUCUCUGACACUCUGCAGGAGAUGCCGCAGGCCCGCUUCCUGGCUUGACUUUGGGAAAAGCUGGCCAUGCCAUAAAAACAUUGCCUUUUGCCUUACCGCCAUGCUAGUGUCCUGUUGAAUAAAGAGUUGCCUGCCAGC